GUCUAUAAACUACCACUAUGUCAACAACAUUGGGUAUUUGGUCACAAAAGUUACUUCCAAACUCACCUUCAGUAUUGGAGAUUGACGAGGAUAUCAGAAUUACAAACGUCGCUUUGUCUGAGAACCCAAAGUCAAAGACGAGAUCUGUUGUAAAACUUCUCUACGAACCACAAGACAGUGGAAGCGAAAGUGAUGACGAAGAGAAAGAAGCUGACAAGCCUACUCAAGAGGCUGUCUUAUGCUCACUCAUUCCAGGUCAAGUUGAACAAGUCUCUGUCGAUUUAACACUCACAGCAAACGACUUGGUAUCUAUCUCAGUCACAGGUAACAAUGAAGUUCAUUUGUUGGGUAACAUCGUCACUCCAAACCUUCCUUACCCUGAAGACAAUGAAUCAGACGAAGAAGAUGAAUCUGAUAUGGAUGAGGAUGAAAUGAGAGCACUCUAUGGUCCAGAUAUGGAUUUAGAUGACGAGGAAGAAUCUGACGAAGAGGAUGGUCCAAAGAUUGAGGAACUCCCAGAUCAACCAAUUGCCAAACCUUCAAAGAAGCGCGCUGCAGAGGAAGAAGCACCAGCCAAGCCAUCAAAGAAGGACAAGAAGGAAACUGCUGCUGCCGCCGCCAAGAAGGAAGAACCAAAGAAGGCUGAAAAGAAGCCAGAGCCAAAGAAAGACACCCGCGUUACCCUCCAAAAUGGCGUUUCAUACGUUGAUGGGAAGGUUGGUGACGGUCCUGUCGCAAAAUCAGGCAAGCGUGUCGGUAUGAGAUACAUUGGUCGUGUUUUGAAGAACGGUCAACCAAUCAAGAAGGUCUUUGACCAAAAUGUUAGUGGAAAACCAUUCAGCUUCAGAGUUGGUACUGGUGAAGUCAUCGGUGGUUGGGACUCAGGUGUUUUGGGUCUCAAAGGUGGUCAGCCAAUGCGCGUUGGUGGUGAAAGAACCCUCUACAUCCCAGCCAAGCAAGCAUACGGCAACCAAAGCUUACCAGGUAUUGGUAAGAAUGCUGACUUGUACUUCGAGAUUAAGUUAGUAGAAGUAAAGUAAAAACAUCUAGACUAAUUCAAUAAAAUUGGGUACUUAUUUAUAUUUUUAUUAUACAUAUACUUCGUUUUUGCGUUU